AGAAUUUACCAUCAUUGUAAAUACCAUCAUUAUGCUUUUUGAGAGGCAGUCAUUCUGUGGACAACCAACUGAUUAUCCAUCAUUUCCAACUUGCGGAUCCAGUAACCGAAGUGAAAUCAAGGCGCUGGUUCUAUCCGAACUACCGACAGAAUCACCCCAGGGAACGGACGGGACUCGCCACCUGUCGAAUCGUCUAACAACGUGUGAGCGACCUGGGUACCUGACCCCUGGGAUGGCUGGCGAAGCGCAUCGGGAUGGUCUUUACAAUGUUACAGAUAACUUUGGACACAAGCCCCCGGCACACCCUAAGUUUUCCCUGUAUGCUGACCGGAUACAGACGUUUGCAAACUGGCUUACAGACUUGCACCAGAAACCCAAUGAUUUGGCCGUAGCCGGGUUCUUCUACCCAGGGACGGCAGAUAUCGUGACGUGUUAUUCCUGUGGUGGAAGUCUUAAGGAGUGGGAACCGAGCGACAACCCUAUGGUAGAACAUGCCCACUGGUUCCCAAGUUGUGACUUCCUUCUCCGAACAAAGGGAGAAAAAUUUAUCAUGCAAGCUCAGCUACAAAGUCAGGUAUCAUCUGUGAGUACAAGAUCACAUAAAUUCCAAUCAUAUGCGAUAAAGUUUCAGGCCACAAAU